AUGUUCGCCCGUCCUACUCGCAUCCUCACCAUCAUACUAGCAGCAUCCGGCCUCUUCAUCACCAUCACCUUCCUCCACCGCCUCCUCAAUGGCAGCCAUCGACUCUCCGUCUUCACCAUCUCUCCAUCUGAAGCCAACCCACCCACACCUCAAAUACUCGCAUUUUGGGAAACAUGGGCUAAGGUCAUUGAUACUGCAAGGCCAAAUAUUCCAGCUAUAGAGUUGAAAGAGGUAGCGCAGCCAGCGGGCAUAGAGCCAGAGAAUGAAAGAGAAAGGAAGCCUUUCAACUUCACCAUUGGUAUAUCGGACAAGGACAUCGAGUCGCUACGCCAAUCGCACGAGAAGUUAGUCGGGCACGCAAACUUCUCAAGGAUCAACGACCAAGCCACCCGCCUGUUCUCAGGCACAGGAAUAGUGACAGUAGCAGGAGGCUUCUAUUUUGCCCCCGCCAUCCUCAGCAUACGCAUGCUUCGCAAGACCAACUCCACUUUACCGGUGCAAGUAUUUCUACGGGACAAGUCAGAGUACGAGAAGAAGAUAUGUCAAGAAGUGCUGCCUGCGCUUAAUGCUGAAUGCUUCGUCAUUCAAGACCACCUACGAAAAGACAACCCUGUUCAAGUGGAGCACUACCAGCUGAAAGUCCUCGCCAUCCUCUUUUCAUCCUUCGAAUCAGUUCUGUACCUUGACAGCGACUGCAUGGCCCUGCUUGACCCAGCCGAGCUAUUCCUUUCCGAGCCCUUCCUUUCGACGGGGCUCGUGUCAUGGCCGGACUAUUGGAUCGCGACCGAAGAUCCCGUAUUUUACAAAAUUGCAGGCCUGCCAUCCUUCCCAAAGGGGUUGCCAGCGAGGUCUAGCGAAGCAGGCCAGCUCCUGAUAUCUAAGCAGACGCAUCUCACUACCCUUCUACUAGCAGCUUACUACAACAUCUACGGUCCGGGUGUAUAUUACCCGAUCCUCAGUCAAGGUGCUGCAGGAGAAGGUGAUAAAGAGACGUUCCUUGCGGCUGCGGUCGUCCUGGAAAACCCCGAUUAUAGAGUUCGCCAUCGUUUAGGCACCGUAGGUUAUCAUGAAGCGGACCGGAAGUUCCAUGGCACUGCUAUGAUGCAGUACCAUCCAGGAGAUGAUUAUGCUCCUCGAGACCCCACAUCCCUGAAGCAGACGCGCCCACUCUUUUUGCAUGCUCAUUCGCCAAAAAUGAACAUUGCGCAUCUGCUCGCUGACGAUAGGGUGUUCUACCAAGGUACUGAGGACAGAUUACGGCUAUGGGGUCCCAAGGAGUCUAUGAGCAGGAUGGUUGGAUAUGACAUCGAAGAAAUAGUCUGGGGAGAGAUCGUGGACAUGGCCUGCCAGCUCGACAAUACCUUGAAGGAUUUUCGCGGGGCGUGGCAGAUUUGCGAGAGAGCGCAACGACAUUAUAGAAAAACUUUCCAGCCACAUGCCACGGCGCUUCCCACCUGA